AUGUCAAACACAGCAAGAAAAGGCAGCAUAGCUCUGCUGAUGGCGAUGAAGGGCCUGAAACAAAGAAGCAGUGCAAGGCAACAAAUAAGAACCAUGUACUACUUAACAAAGAGGUACAUUAUAAUAAUUACAGUUAAGAUAGCAGCUUAGGUGGGCUGUUCACUUGUUGCCCAACUUGAUUUACUAGUACUGCAGGGUAGCGACACAAAAUUUGAUUGAGUUCACAUUUUGAAUCAGUACCUGAUACAUAAAUGUGUACAUAUUUGCUCCCUUUCACCGUGACAGAUGCCAAUUAAAAUACGAGUGUAGUAAGGAGUUAUGGGAAUACAAAGCAGAAGAUUACCUUGGAAACCAAGACAGGACACGUGUACACAGGGACCCCAUGCCCACUUUAGUCCCCAAGUUUAAGGCCUUGACCUUGUACUCAGGCAGUGGUAAAGUACCUUAAUUCCGGUGGGAAUACUUCAAAGCAUGGUGUAUUCUCAUUGGUUUCGAGUGAGCGCUGUGCUCGGGCAGGACACAGGCUAUAAAUUUAUAUUAAUUUUAUCCUUGCUUGAUUCACAAAAAAUAUUGUAUAAUUUAUGGAUAGGGUUUCAAUGAUAUCUUGUCUGGCAACAUAUGCUGUAUUGUACAGUAUGCUAUAGAUACAGAGCCACUAUAUGUUGUUAUUAAUGUUUUCGUGAAAACUGGCAAAAAUGUGUUUGUUUUGGACACAAGACUGACAUGUAAAGCUGUUGACUGGAAUACAAGCAUGUGUAUGUUUGUCUGCAAUGUUGUGUGCAGUUCUUGAAUAACACAAGAAUUAGGAAUGCUUUGCUUUCCUAAGACUUAUAAAUAAAUGGCCGUACCUUUCAAGGGUUAAUAUGCACGCAGCUGGUCCAUAAUGGUUUCCACACAUUAAUUUUGUGAUGCACAUGUAAUGCUAGCAUCUUGUUUGAAUAAAAAUUGAUAUUAAUUUUGCAUUGUGGCCCGGGUCACACCCAGUUGUCACUGAUGCAUUGGACUGGUGUAUAUUAUUGCAUCCCUUAUAAGUUUUAAUAGAAUCUUAAGUUGUUGUUGGUUCACAUACUUUACACUCUAACUAAUGCAAGGAAUCUGGUUUAUUCCAUAGGCUUCCAAGCCUUGUGAAUUACCAGCUGCCUAGAGCAUUAUCUCUUUUGAGUCCUGCUGCUCAGGUAUACUGAUCAUGAAUGUACUAUUUGAAAUCAAUGGUAGUUCACCUUUCUUUGCCCUGCUUACAAAAAUAUUAUGUUUAUUGUCGAAGAUGAAUGUUGACCUUUUGAUUAAAGCUCUCCUUUUGAUCAACAAUUUUUGUCAUCAAAAUUAUGUUGAACUACAUAUCUAAUAUUUUUUUAAGAAUAAAGGAAUUAGGUGAUAACAAAAAAUACUCUAGUUUUUCAGACAAAGUACCAAAAUUUGACAACUGUAAUAUUCACCCUAACCCCCUUCCAAAAACAAGCACCCACCCUGGCACAAACUAAGAGAUAAACAUUCCUCAAAGAAGCAGCCCUCAACCCCACCUCCCCCCCCCCCUCCCUCCCCUCCCUCCUCCCACUUUCCUCCCAAUUUCUUUCUUAAAUAGUGUGGAUAUAUUCUUUUUUUUGAAAUUUUUACUAAACUAGUAUCAAAAUAAGGUACAAUAGUUUGCUGUUAUGUGAGUUCCAGUUAGAAAGGGAGAAUUUCUCUAAAAUGUACUUUUUCAGGUUUUUUGGAAGAAAGUUAUGAUAAGCACUCUCCUUAAUUUAGUUUUUUUCAGCAGAAUUUUAACUUUUUUUUCAGUGCUUGCAUUGUUAUUAUGUACUUCUAGUCCAGGAAAUAUUGGUCCUGCCAAAAUCUUUGAGCAGGGUAACAUUGCAAUUUUAAUCUGUGAUAUCAGAGGCUAUCAGCGCACUGUUACCCAUGAGUGUUGACUGACAAUCACCAUUACAGUCAGGUUUAAUGAAUUUCCAGAGAUUUGAGAUUCUCGGGGAAACAAAAUUGUUUCCCUAGGGAAUGAACAGAAAACAGAUUGGAGAACAAAGCCAUUGAUUUUAGGGAUUAAAGCGUUUCGUACCACCACUACAUGUCACUUUUUUUCAUGUUUUCACAGGAAGAUGACCUGGAUGUAAAAGAGUCAGGAGAUUUUUCUAAAUUUCGAUUAUCAGAGGAAACCAUAGAGCGGCUAAGAGGUUAAUUACUCUCUUUUGUCUUUCUCUUGUUUUUUUCUUUAUAUUGUUUACAAUUUUUUUUCUGUGGUGCCAUAAUGUGACAGCCUGCUAAUAAUAACAACAUUAAUUUUCUUUUGUCUUUUUUUGCAGAGAAUAAAAUAAACUAUUUAUUCCCCAUUCAAAGUGAAACUUUUGAUUACAUCUAUGAUGGACAAGAUAUAAUCGGACAAGCAAGUAAGACUGUAGGAUGGUUUAUGUUUAGCCUUCUUAUUACUUAAGGUGUUUGAAUAUAUCAAAAUGCACUGUAAGCAUUGUUCUUAUACCUGUGCUCAAAUGGUUGUCUGCCGAGCAGUUUGUCUUAAAAAAUAAAAAAUUUAACUUUUGGAUCCUUUGCUAUGAUUGUUUAAAUUGAUUUCAAAGGUAAAAUUUUGCGAGCAGUUAAAAAUUUUGAUGGACCAUUCAUCACCAUUUAUACCUGUGCUCAGUUGUCUAGUUUGUCUAUAAAAAAAAAGAAUGUUUCUUUUAUCCUUUACUAUGAUUGAUUGAUUUCUAGCCCCAAUUCAUAAAUAAUGAGGGCUGGGAGACAAAGGAAAUUGAGAAUCAACCCAGGUUAAAAGAAUUUUUAACCUGAAAUUAAUUUUGACCUGUAACAUAUUGUAAAGCUUUUUAAAAUUUGAAUUUCUUUAUUUUAUUUCUUAUUUUAUUUUAUUUUCACUAUAGGAACUGGGACAGGAAAAACGGUAUGCCAUGAUUAAUUUUUGUGUUUUUCAAAUGUGAAUAAUAAAAGUAGACCGAACAAUUUAAGACCAGCAUGUGAGUCAAUUUACUUGUUACAACAAAGUAUAUCAACUUUAACUCUUAAUAUUACUUAAAUGUGCAUUGUUAGUUUACAACACCAGAUUUAUAGUUAACAGUGUUGCAUGUUGUCAUUGUAUUUGCAGCUCUCAUUCGCCCUACCGUUAGUUGAAAAACUCAAGUUAGGAAAUUUGUCUAAUAAACCAAGACGGCCUCCAAAGGUAAAGAAUCACAAUGUACAUAUUAUUUUCAUAUUUCAAGUGAUCCACAUGUAUACAGCUGGUAUCAAAGUUAGCUGAGACAGUUCAUCUGAAAAGACAGUGAUUAUCGCUAAGAACAUGUCUCUCACACCCUCUAAAGGAGGUCUGAUCUCCUGCUCUCCCAUACGGUUCACCAAAUCUCCUGGAUAAAAUGGACUUUUUGUGCUUGAGUUUGAAAUUUAGCCCAUUUCUUCCUCAAUAUUCAAACUUUUUUUAUUCAUUGUAAGUUUCUGGGACGUAUUUAGUCACCGGCAAAGAUUAUUUCAUCAUUGUAAUGAUGAAGGCAAAUUUUGAUGGCAUUUUUCCUCAAAAUUUGAAUAAUUUUUUAUUCAUUGCCAUGGAGGCUGGGACAUUUUUUAAACAUAUUCACCGGGUAAAGGGGCUUUUCAUCAUUUGGGGGCAAAUUGGGAUAGGGGUGUACUUCAAAAUAGAAGACUCCACAUUUUAGAUCUCCCAUGGAGGUUGGGUCAUCUCUGGGCAUCAUGUGCUGUGGGACUGUUGUCAUUUGGUCUGGAUCUGCAAGCAAAAUUUUAAAACAGCAAAUUUUUGAUGGGGGGGUUGGGGGGAUGGUGGAGGGGGUUAGCUUGUCGCUGUGUUGCCCAAGAUUGAUAAUCCUCAGCCAUUGGAUGAAAAAGCUGUCUUAACGUUUUUGUUAGACUUGUACUGUAGCUCUAUCAGCUUUACAUAUUUCAUUGCAAGGAAUAUGCAAUUUAAUCAACACAUCAACAAUCAUGGAUUGAUUAUUGUGAAUAUUUAGAAUAUUUCACCCAUCUCGUGACAUCCAAGAGUCCACCUGCAUGCACCAAUUUCUAUCUGGUUAAUUAUCUCAAGCAGUUAGCCUCAGAGACAUCUUAUUAUUGUGAACAGUGUUUUACUAUAGGCACAACAAUAUUACACUUGUUUUGUAGGUCCUAGUUUUGGCACCUACCAGGGAACUUGCUAAACAGGUAAAACAUCUUUUUGAUGUUAAUUAGUAAUUUUUUUUAUAUCCAUACAUCUUGACUGUAUAAUCAAAGCAGCCUUUUCAUUAGAUGGGUUCUAUCAUCUCUCUUUUUAUAAAUUUUUUCAGAAGCAUUUUAAAGAAAUUUUAUCUUUCAAAGGGAAAUAGACUUCCUUUCUGUUUAUUUGCCCUAAAGCAAGAGUGAUAAUGCUAAUGACUGAGGUAAUUAUAAGGAGGAUGGCUGGCCAUGGUGUGGACUUUAAGAGAGAAAAAUAAAAUAUAUCAUAUUGAACAGUCUUUAAAAAAAAAAGUUAUGCGGGGACCACUUUUUGUAUUAAAUUAGGUCACUAACUUAUAUUAUAUUAUGAGAUAAACGUGUUAUACAAGCCUCAGUUUUUAGGCCUUUUUUUGCAUUUGAAUAAGUUGCAUCAAAAACUGCAUUGGACUUCUGUCCAUUUAAGUUUUCAUCCCACAGUUCUGGUAUACUAUAUGAUAUUCAUGUUUUCAUAGAUGUUUGAGAUUGAUACAUGUAUGUAAAUUUCCCUUUUUAGGUUGGAGAUCAAUUUGAUUUACUCAAGUCAGGUCUGAGUGUACAUUGUGUGUAUGGGGGAGUCGCGUACGGACCACAAGGUAGAAUUACAUGCACAUGGCACUAACAUGUUUUUUUUUUCUUACAAAUUAAAACUUACAGUGUAACAUUUAAGAUGCCAGACAUACAUGUAUUCAUUUGAAAUUUGUUACCUUCGUACCCUAACAUAGCAACCACCAGACCAACUUCUCCUCGCAGUCUUCCCCUGGUGCUAAUGAGGAGAAUUAGUGUAACAAUAACGUCAUUUCAUCUUUAAUAGUGUAGCCAUCAUUCCUCUUAUUCUCAUUAACUUCAUUUCCAUUAGGUAAUAAAAUACAGUAAAGGUACAAUUACCAGUAGAUGCUGGUCUUAGGGCUUUAUAAGUUGUGUUCCACCAUCUUUUCAGCGCAAGCAAUAAGAAAUGGUUUGGAUGUCAUUGUUGGAACUCCUGGAAGAAUCCUUGAUCUCAUGGUUAAUGGUACUCUGGACUUGACACAGCUAAAGUAAGAACACAAAACAAAUUAUUUUAUAAACAAGAAUACAUUAACACCAUUUCCACCUUUCCUGCCAGACUAAGAUUCCAAACAUUGGAAUAUUAAGAUAAUACUGGGAAGCUAAAAAUAGGAGUUUUUGUCAGGCCUGCUGAAAUAUGAUAUUUUUAUCUUUUUGUACCCUUUUCCUCUAAAAAAAAAAACUCAUGCUAACUAGAGACCACUGACUACUUUAUAUAGACUACAUGUAUUGCAAUAGGUGUCUAGUAAUCAGAGCUCAGAUCAGCUGACGUGACAUCUUAGUUUACUUAGCCUGGGUCUGGCUAAACUGGAAUAUUACAUGUUUUCUACUGGUAGAGGUAACAAUUCUAGCUGGUGUUUUGGUCAGCUUGUGUUCAAAAAACAUGUACAUGUACCCAGAUAAUGGGUCGUAAGUCAAACCAAGAGUAUCCCAAGGAUCCCUCACCAAGUUAACAAGCCCCACCGGGGGGUGGCUGGUGGGGAGGGGGGCUUGCUAGCAGAUGAAACUUUCACCUAAUUCACUGCAUUGACCAUUUACAGACAUGUCGUUAUUGAUGAAGUUGACAGGAUGUUAGACAUGGGUUUUGCUCAGUCUGUAGAGGAUAUCAUUGAAGAAUCAUACCGCAAUGGAUGUAAGUAAUCUUGGCCAAAACUUUAACUAUAUUAAUUUUAAGGAACCAAAACCAAAGUUUAAAAUGAGGAAAGUUGAAGUAGUCCAGUUACAAGCAAAGGCUUGAAUAUCCUUGGAUUGGUGGUACCUUUUAAAAAACUGGAGCCAAACUUGAAAACUUAACCAACACACAACACAUUAAAAUAGAAACUACUUCCAGAGUAAAACCACAUGGCCACCCUAGAUUGAUAACCCUUCUCAAGUGAUGAAAAGUAACUUUUUGAGUGGAGAGAAGCAACGAACGGUAGUACAUUUGCAUUCACAGGAUAGAAAAACAAGAGGAUAUCUAGUUUUAAAUAGUAUAAGUGAUGAUUUACUCAAUAUAAAUUGCAUACAGUCGUGUUUUGCUGUGGUAAAAAUCAUUGUAAGAUUAUUGCCCUAAUACACAAUGUACGAUCAAUUCAUUAGCAAAAGAAAACAAGCCUCAGACUCUCCUCUUCAGCGCUACAUUGCCUCCUUGGGUUCUUAGAACAGCAAAGAAAUACAUGAGUGAAGACAGAAAAAUAGUGGAUCUUAUUGGAGACCAGGAGCUUAAAGCUUCCGAGACAAUUGAGGUGAGACAAUUUACAUGUGCUAUAUAAUUAUGCCAAGAUUUAAUUUAAAACUUAACUUCUAUUCCUUGUAACAGAAUUGGGUGUAGAUCAUGGGAGAUGGUCAGUAUUUGAGACUUGGACUUCUAAUAGAGGUUUAUUGCUUGAACAGGUCAUCUCUCAUUUUAUGUGAAGAGAAUUUGUUUCAAUUUUCAGCUCUGUGGGGGUCCAGCUAUCGUUGGGUACCAUACAUACAAAGUCAUUAUUAAUUUAAAAAAACACUCAUUGCCCCUCCUCAUCAGAAGAGAUUGUACAGCAAUGUAUUUUCCACAAAGCAUCUUAUUUAGUAAGAAAUUGUCCUUCUGUGUGGGAAGUUUAAAGAAAAUGUCAAAUUAUCACCACAAAAAAUGAUCAUGAUCACUUAAAACCAUUCUUAGAGUCUCGUAUUUUAAUCAUCUUGUUUGUUCCUUCAUAGCAUCUUGCCAUCAAGUGUCCAUAUGAGGCCAGAGCCUCUACAAUAAGUGACAUUGUGCAGGUUUGUCCAAGUGCUGUGUAGUGUUUGUCCCAGACAAUAUUGAAGGGGUGCAUCAAAAAAAUCCCAAGUGAAGCUAACAACUGUUUUCUGCAUUUUUUGCAUGUAGAAUCACUAUAUACAACCACACAACCAAUUUUCACAGUCAAUGCUGUAAUGAUAAUUACUGCAUAACAUUUUGCCAUAGCAACAGUACAAUCUGUGAUCAACACCCUUAAUUUUUUGUUUGAAUGCAAUUUAUAACUCAAAAACAAGUUUGGUGACUCCCAUUUUUAUCGUCAAAUGUUGGAUUUAUAGCAUGUUAAAAUACAUGGUUUUGCCAAGUUGGGAAAAAAAAAUUUGUAUAAGCAAGUCUAUAUCCACAUUUUAAUAAUACAUUGUUUUACAAUUAAAUUUUUCCUUGUAUCCCGGGUUGCUAUUAAUGUAAUCAUGUAGUGUAUGCGUGUCCUUUCGUUUUGCAAUGUUGAAUUUGUAGAACUAAACUGUAUUUUUUGUAUAUUUAUUAAUUUUUGGUAGGUUUAUUGUGGUGCCCACAGUAGAACUCUUAUUUUCACGGAAACAAAGAAUGAUGCCAACAAUUUGGCCUUAAAUUCUAUUUUAAAACAGGUUGGUUUCCUACGUAACACUAUUACGACUUGUAAGCUUCAUAAAUUUAAAAUACAAGAGGCCACAUUGCAAUGGAAGAAGUAGUCUAAGAAGAGAAAUCAUGACACUGACCCUUGGCUGAGACUUGGUCUAAACUUCAAGCCCCUAAAAAGGACUUUUAUGCAUAAAUCCUGCAACAUGUGAUCAGUUGAGAAGAAAAGCACUAACACCCGCAGUAGCUUGCUGCUGCAAGAGCCAAGUGCACAUGACAGGCUGAUGAGUCAGGAAACUUUAUAAAAUGUGCUCCUCCUUCCCUGUCUCAAUAUAUCAAAUGAUUCCUUGAGUUUAUUCUUGUUUCGUUCUAGGAUGUACAAGUUCUCCAUGGAGAUAUACCACAGGAGCAAAGGGAAAUAACUCUAAAAGUGAGUUCCCACCAGCAAAUAAUUAUAUAUAAUUAUUUUUCUUUCUUUUUAGAAAGAGCAUGUGGCCGACAAGUGUAACUAUUGUUUUCAGGCUCUAAAAUAGUGGGCCAUAAAGUUUUAUUCAAGUGACCAUUUAGUCGGACAAAUCAGAAAAAUUGUCACACAUGCAUUACAGUGCAAAUGUUCCCCUACAAAUAUGACCCUUUGCUAUUUCAUCUGUCCGGUCAUUAUGUCCGACUGCGGCUAGGAUUUCACAGAACAUUGGCAAAUUUUAAUCAGACUUUGUCCGGUGGCCAACUGGCAACUCAGUGAGUGUUACACACGUAGCCGAGUAACACUUUGAAAAAUCCCUUCUCCUCGGGGGUUUAACAAAGUAAGAGGGGAGGGACUAGACUCGAUGGUAUCAGAUCGUUUCGCCAGGUAACAGUUCGCCCUUACUAAGUCGAUUCGCCCCAAUCGUAUUUGUCGUUUUGCAAGCUUGAAAAAGGGAAUUAGCAUGGAAAGACGGUGACCGCACAUGAGGAAUCCAAGGGUAACUAAAAUAACAUCUCGAAAGGUAUGCUCACCAUGUUGUAGAGUGUUUUAUGUCAUUGGGCGAAUUGACUUAUGUCCAGGCGAAUCGACUUUCGGGUGAAACGACCGCAAUUCUCCUUUCUUCUCUGGGAAGAACAAGAUCGGACCCGAGAGACCGGCGGAAAUCGAGCCAAGGAUGGGACACAAGAGGCAAAAAGUUCAACAGAAAUUUAUUGCAACACUGAACUGGAGUCAAGGGUUUAACUAAAUAGGCGUCGAGUGAAGCAAAGUUGAUCAUCUAUCAUAUUUUGUUGACUCGGCAGAGUUUUCGUGAUGGAAAAGUUCGUUGUUUGGUAGCCACAGAUGUCGCAGCAAGAGGACUUGAUAUUCCAGAAGUAGAUCUUGUUGUACAGAGUGAACCACCGAAGGUAAUGCAGCUGUAAUGUAAGGCAAUGUUUACACUAUGCCGGAUAGCUUUUGCGCCUGAAUGAAAAUCAUGCCGCGGAUAUAUGUUCACACACAAGAACGGUGAUUUCGGUGCGAUUUCUGUAACGGAGCGAAGCUGUGCUGUGCCGAUCUCUAAAGUGCAGAAACAUGUAUCGGAUAAGUGUUCAUACUCUACCGGAGAGCUUUUUGUGUCAGCAAGCGUUUACAAAAGCAAUUACAAUUAGAUGACCACAAGCACAGAAAGAAACCGUUUUAUACCUUUUUCUUGUUUUGUUUUUGUCUUUGUUUUUUACCAGAAGGACCGCCCAGGGUAUUCAAAUCAUAGACAGGCUAAGUGUUGCUGAGCAAUGGCUUACAAGAACUUAAAAAUAAAAGAAAAGAAUAGCCGCGGUGAUUCACUAAAGUGGCUGGUAGCUUACGGGAGCGGUCGCGUACGAAAGCUUUUCAUCACUGCGUUCAAGUCACGCAUCAAACAUAUUUAAAACGGGGUCUCACGUGUUGGUCGGAAGAAGGGCUAGUCUUUUACGAUAGUGGUCGCAAAGCGAUUGUUGACUGUAGUAAAACUAGCCAUGUUUAGUUUACUUACAGUGUAUGUGUAUUGAUUAAAUUCUUUUGGCAGGAUCUUGAUACUUACAUUCAUCGUUCUGGUAGAACAGGAAGGGCCGGCCGCAGCGGAAUCAGCAUCGUGUUUUACAAACCUAACCAAGAAGCUCAGCUUCGUGCCGUUGGAAAAAGAGCUGUAUGUAUGCUUUAUGAUUCUAUGCCACUCUGUUUUUAAUUAAUUUUGUUGUUGUAGUCAAGUUCAGAAGAAAGAGGGACGUCAAAAUUUCAUUAUUGAUGGUUAUGAAGUAGUAUUACGCCUUGUUUAGAUCAAAGCGGCAACAGAGGAAACGUUCUUUUAGUGUAAUUCCAAGAUAUUGAGAAGGCAUAAACGAAAUCUUGCGGAAACGUAAGGAGUGAAAUAUUUCUUUUCCUUUCACUUGUCGUUUCCGCCUUUGAUAAACAUCCGUCGUAUAUUAUCAUUGCGCUGGUAUAGACCUUGCGAUAGGACAACAGUGACGCCAGUAAAAGUGUAACUGAAAAACCGAAUUCGCGUCCUUUCAAUGUUUUUCGUGGCUGUUGUCCGCUUCCUUUGCUUUAGCCGUUAGUGUAAGUAAGUAGCAUGCAAAUUCAGAGUUGUGACCAAAACGUAAACUCACUUUAUCGUCCACUCAUGAUGAGUUGUUAAAUGAAGCCGAUUAAUGCACAGGUAGAAGUUUGAAUCUUGAGAAUGAGUAGAAUGAGUUAACAGAUAAGGUAAGGUACUGGUUGUCAAAUAAUUGUUUUUUCCUAAUAUUUUUGUUCCUACUGUAGGGGAUCUCGUUCAAAUACAUCCCACCACCACAACCAGCUGACAUUGUCAGAGCUUCGGCGUCAGAUGCUCGAAGGUAAGACCUUCUGUUAUUAUCACAGACUGCUAAAAAUUAUUGGGAGAAACAAUGUUAGUGAUAUGAGGUUCGCGUGAGACUGCGUCAAUGUUGUGCCGAAUUGCACUUUGGGACUGUUUGGGGACGCAAUCGCUUCGUGCAUCCCGUGUAAGGGAAUCCGGAUUGCGGAAUUUAGGAAAUUUUUGCCCGUAGAAUCCGGAAUUCGGAAAAUCCUUCCAAUGGUGAGUUCUAAAUUUGAAAUCCAGAAUUUUUUCCGGAAUUUACUACCGAUUGACAAAAUUCCAGUGCCUGGGAGAACCGGGACUGGCAAAAAAGACUCCGGCCUUGCAAAAUUGUGCUGGGAGCUGGGUCAAAAUCCGGCCUCAAAACAGUUCCAUAGUGCAGUUCGACGACUCAGUCUACAGUAACCUGUAGUAACCUCACAAUGACCAGUAAACAAGCUGCACCCGUUAAGUAAUCUGCAUGAAUCGUUAAAAGUCUCUUUCGCGACACAUGGAGUAAUUUCCUUGUUAGCCAGCGUAGCUGGCGAUUUUGUUUGUCUAGCGGGCAAAUGAGUGGCAAAGCCGUGGGGAGGAUGGGGUUGAAACGCUUCUCAGCUCGUUCGUGUGCGUUUGCGCAGUUUCGCCAUUCAAACCACUCGCUACGCAGGCAAUUUUCUUCAUAUUUUUUCUCACUGUAGGUUUGUUGAGGCAGUUUCACCCGAGGUGCUGGACAUGUUUCGCGAAGCCGCUCAAGCUUUGGUUGAUAAGAUGGGCGCUGUGGAUGCUGUUGCCGCAUCGUUGGCGCACAUUUCUGGAACAAAGGAGAUCAAAUCACGCUCCCUUUUAACCGGAAGAGAGGUAGUUAUCACGUGACCUAGGAUUUUUCACGUUAUGUAGGAAGUAAACGAGGUUGAGUCUGGUAGAAUUUUAUUGUGUUUCUUGGGUACUUAAAACAGAUUUAUCGGGACUGUAAUUUCAUGAUUUGGCUGUAAAAUCGACAACAGUCACUUCGGUCGAAAACUUUUAUCGUUGGUUGGGCACUUUUUUUCGUUAAACUGAAAGAGAAAUUUUGGAGAGUUAAAUGAAGCUAAAUUUCGCGGAAAUCUUGAUUACAUGUACGUAUUUUAGUACUCUUUGCAGCAAACAAGCGAGGGUUCCUCGCGGUUUCUGCCAGCAUUUUUGUGUGGCUCCCCGGAGAUUUAUUAACAACUACAUUGAUUAUUCUUUAAGGGAUUUACAACUUACAUGAUGUCUGCGAGUUAUGAGAUUCGUGGACCAGGUUAUAUGUGGCGGGUACUGGAGAACAACAUUCCCGACGUGAAAGAGGAGAUUGAACAAAUGAAAAUGUGCAGCGACAGAAAGGUUUGAAUUUUGCGUGUACUUGUCUUCUAAUUAAUUGAAUUGUAAUUUGUUUACCCACGGAACACUUAGGAGUUCAUAAGAACUCGUUGAAACGUGUCCGUGUGUUCCAGAUCGAAUUGGAAUUUGAAAGUGUUGGUUUUUAAGGAGAAGGGAAAACCCGGAGUACCCGGAGAAAAACCUCUCGGAACAAAGGACAGAAGCAACAACAAACUUAACCCACGUAUGGCGUCGACGCAAGGAUUAGAACCCGGGCCACGUUGGGUAUUUUUUUAUUGGAAUACUCAGCGGGAACCUCUUUGGAGAAGAGAGCUCCCCACCCCCACCCCCUAAACUGGAGGGGGUUGAGUGGAAGGUUAAUUGCUGAAUAAAUUGUUUUAUAGUAGCAUAGGGUACCCUUUUAUCCUUUGUUCUCUUAUUUAGUUUGUCAGUAAACAAUUUAUUCAUUCAUUCACUCAUUUUUUUUUAAACAGAGUGUGGUAUUGGAUGUGCCAAGUCAUCAUGAAAAAGCAUUUGAGGUUAGUUGAUAACACAAUUAUACUUAUAAAACACUUUAAUUUAUACUUUUUGUUAAUUUGUUUGUUUGUUUAUUGAACUGUUCGAAGUUAAGAAAAUGGUUUGUCAAGGUAUUUAAACGUUUUCUUUCCUCCUCACGUCGCUCCCAUGGAGGGAAAUCAUUGUAAUUCUCCAGAACGGUGAAGCAUAAUAUACAGUUAUACUACCACCAUGUUUAGGCAGGCGGAGUGUAAACACGUGCCUUAUGGGUUAAAAUACAAAGAAAGUACAACAACAAUACCUCAAAAAAGCGUCCAAACCGGCGGCAUUCUGUUUCUUCGUCUUCAAUGUCCCUUGUUUCGUUCAAAGAAUUCUUUUGUCAUCCUCCGAACUCUCUGUAGUGGCAGUCCUUGACAGUGAUCCAGCUUGCUUCUCUUUCAUUGACGAGUUUUAUGAUCGUUUAUUCGUGUUUAGAGCCAUAUUCAGCUCAGCAAGCUUCUCUUUCACAUUUUAAGUGUACUUAGUGACCAGAAAAUUAGCAGGGGCUCCGUCAAGUGUUCCAGAAAGCUCGAAAGUAAAAAGGAAUUUUUUUCUGCUUCGACAGCAAUGUCCAACUUAUGUGUUUCGCCGCAGUUUGGAAAACGAGUGCGGACGAAAGUGCUUGCGCUGUCUCGUCGAGAUGAUUGUUAAAACGCUCAAAUACUUCGUCCACAUUAUCGGAACGAGAUAACUUUCGCUGCCCCUGUUACAUGUUGUUCGCUCCGGAAAAGACGAAAUUGCGACGAUAAAAUGAAUAACUUUUCAGCAAUAACCGCCGUGUAGCAACUUCGAACCGCACGUAUAAGGGAGUUUAAGAUGCAUGGAACUGCGGCCGCGGUGACGAGAGCGUCAAAGAAGCAAAAGUUUUGUUGAGCAAAACAACAGAGCACGUGCAGCACGCUUUUUUGUACAUUUCUUUGCCGUUACUGCACGACUACGAAGUGAGAAUGCCCAUUGUUUCACGUUUUAUGGAGGACGUAAACAAGCGAGGACGAAAUUUUCUUUGUCUUUCUGAACUUGGAUAUGGUUCUGAGGAAUUCAACUCUAUAGUGGUUUGCUCGCAUUUGGCAAAGUAAGCUAGUUGGGAUAAUCGAGACAGAGAUUGAAAGAACGCGAAUUCACUUUUUAAGUGCGUACAAAAAUUUAGACGCCUAGCCGUUCAAAGUUCCAUUGAAUGGAGCGAAGUAUUGAACUGUCCCGCGUGAACGAGGUGUCCUGUCAAAUUUUUCAGACGGUCAAAAAUUCGUGCAGUUCCAUUUGCCCGUGUCUCCACUCUUUCACUCCGUCCACACUUAUCUGGAGAUUUUUGAAAACGAAGAUGUUUUUCUCCGUUUAAUAAACGGAGCGUUUUUCGUGCAUUAAAACGCAGGUUUUCGAAAACAAUCUCCACUCCAGAGUGGAGAUCUUUUGAAGCACUGGCUUCUCAUUUUUGUGUGGAUGAGUUCAUACAUCAUACAUUACUAGCAUUAUAUUUCGCGUGUUGUUUUAGGAAUGCUAUCGUCUUUCCAGCGUUUUUAUUUGGACGGCGGGCGAAAACGACUCAAUUACGUUACAUAUGGACGCGUAUGAUUUAUUUAUUUAUUUAUUUAUUUCCGCUUUCAAAACCAUCCUGAUACGUGUAGACAGGGCCUUUGACUUUCUCUCACUCUUUCUGCUUUCAAUACCGUUUAGUAAAAAAUUGUAUUUUGUUUAUUAAACAGGACUGCUGGACCGAGGGCAAGGCUGGAAGAAACAUCACUGUAGAAAGAAUAUCGGAAUUACCAGAACUAUAUGAAAGACCACGGUUUGGCCAAAUGGGAGCAUCCCAACACUUUGGAGAAAGAUAUAGCCAAGGCAGAGAUGUUUACCAGAGAUACGGCCCUGGACAGUUUGCCUCUAAAGGCUACGGUGGAAAGGAAUCGUUCAGAAGAGAUUUCAGGCCGAAUAGAUUUCCUGAAGGAAAGAACAGGGACCAUGUCAUGAAUCAACACAGAAAGAAUAUUAGUCAGAAAUUUGACGACUGGCUAGACUGAAGAAAUUGUUUUUUAGACAGCGUCUUUUAAGACAAAGUAAUUUUGCGCUUGCUAACUAAGGUCUCUCCUUAAAGUCAGAACUUUUUUCAGAGUUUUAGGCUAACAUAACUUUGUUUCCAAACACUCCCUUGCACCUGAGAAAGGAUUCAGAGAAAAUUCCCUGGAUAGCCUGCGUAGCAAGCGUUUCUACUGAGUUCUUGCCCAAAGACUCCUUUUUCGGCAACCCCUCACCCAACUUCAUCGUAUCAAUAUUCCUGCCAGGGGUGAUCGCUUCUGGUAAAGCAAAUGUGACCAAACGUCUUUAAUCAUACUGUAGAAGGUGCCGAGUUUCUAAGUGAUGCACGAUUUCUUCUAGUUAUACUGUAGUUCCAGUUUAAAGUAUACUGUUGAUAUUAUGAAUGACGACCUCGUCGACGACCUAUUUUCUGGGUAUUUGUGAGAAUCCACUCUGGAGCACGGACGUACAAUUAGAGUUUGUGACUUUAUUCCGAGCUUCUGUGACUAGAGCUUCUGUGCGUAACACUGAUGCAUAAAGAUUUGACACCUUUACUAAAUGUUGAUUUUCGAUCUCGUCAACCUAACUUCCCUGUUAGGCUAGCACUUGUAUCUAAACAAGAUACCCCUUCAAGAAAGAUAGCGCUUUAAAAAGGAUCCCUUUCUAAGGACAGACACCGUUGUAACAAGGAAUACAACUCGCUUAGCUUCUCUUAUAAGACAAAGAUCACCCUAAAGUAAACCUUCCUGUAAGGCAGACAUGGUAACCAACCCUGUAAAACAGAGAUCUCCGCAAAUUAACUACCGUGAGUGAUCACAUUAAUGCCCCCUUUAAAAUAAACUCUCCCUGUGUAAUAAACGCUCUGUCUACGAUGUUAAGGUGACUCGACCCAGUUUUUUGGGAGGGGUACCAUCCUACGUUGAAGCUCUCUGGUAUCCCCACCUUUACUUUUAUCGUAAGUCUAACACAUGUACAAUAUAACAAAAUUUUUGGCGAUCGGAGUAAAUGUCACGUGGUCAUAGUGCCACGCCUCUUUGGGGUCUGAGUCGAAAUUCUGCUGUUGCCGGCAUAUUUUGGUGAACAUCUCUCGGCUACACAUAGCGCGCCUUAGUGCCUUGCGCUGAACAGAGUUUCACCAAAAUCGCAAAGACCCAAUUCGAGAAAUUCAG